AUGGUGGAUCGAUAUAGAUACAUAAAUCCUUCGAGGGUUAGGACGUUAGUGGUUCCAAUAAAUGAUUGUUCACAAGCAGACUUUGCCAGAUAUCUCGAAUUGGUACGAUUGAAUGCUAACGAAGUCAGGCUAUUAGAUGUGACACCUAUACCGCAAUUACAAUACUUCAAUCCACAGACGUUUCCGCACGGAAAGGUGAUGUUUGAAUAUGAAUCGCAUGCGCCUGAAGCAGAGUCGAUCUUCUUGCAUGAUUUUGAGCCGUAUCGGAAGACGUUUAUUAUAAUUGGGGUUGGAAAGUACGAUGAAGGAGUGACGUCGAAGAAACAGCAGGAGCAGGUACUUGAGAAUUUGAGGAAGUGGCAUCCAAGCUCUAUAGUGCAUAAUGUUAUUUACUUUGAUACUCCAGGAGACAUAAUUGGUGAUUUGAACCCCUCGAGCGAUCAUUCCACAAAGGAGGUGUUUUAUCACGAAGGAUCAUUGGAGCACAAUAUUACGGCACUAGAAACGCUCAUGUGUGAAGUCACUAGAAACUUUUUAACGGCAUUGGAUAGCUAUGCAUCAUCAUAUUUGAACAUAACAUUGAGGUCUCCGGUCUCCAUAAGUGAUAGCCACAAUCUAACCAAAACUAUAAGUAAAGCGCAGAAAAGGAUAAGUUCAGGUUCUGGGUCAUUUAAGGUUUCAUUCUCGUCGAAUUCGAGCACAAAUGGGGCGACGUCAGCAUCAGACUUGAAAUCAAAGUCUCAACAACGUCACAAUGGGAGGCAGGCAAAACUCUUGGGUAGUUUCUAUUUAUUGGCAGGUAAAUAUUCAGAUGCAUUAGAGCACUAUACAGAUUCUAUAGCGAAUUUGAAGAAGUGUGAUGACUAUUUAUGGCUUGGAAGUGCACUCGAGGGUAUUGGAAACUGUGUUGUCUUGAUGCAUUUCUUAGGCAUAUCGUACAGUUUAUCAAGUGCCACCAUAAUUUCUGUGUUACAAAUUUCCAAGAGUAAGUUGAAUGCAAUAGCAUCCGCAGUAUCCUCCACGAAUAUGGAAAGUUCUUCCCCCAAAAAGAUAUCAUCGGAUUCAUUGUCUCAUAAUAGUUCUACAAAUGGACAUUUAUCUGUACCACAUUCAGUCAAUUCUCCAAGAAAUUCCAGCAGCAGCACGAUAAAUUUUAAUUUUGCUUCCAGUGUUCCUGGUUCAGGUCCAGAUUUAAAUGCCUUGACCAUUCCUGAACUAAUAAAAUUGAUAUCUUCAAAGGUUUUACAAUAUUAUCAACUAAGUACCAGUGAUUACGAAAAUAUGGUCCCUGACUUAGUUUAUGUGGAGUCAUUAUUGAGAUUUAUUAAAUUUAUGAUUUGUAUAUAUCUUGGUGGAAAUGAGUUGAACUCAAUGGUAAUGGAGAGCAUUGUGAAAUCAAUACCUAUCAAUAACAAACUGAGUAUUUAUUCGGCCAAAGAUGAUAGAUCGUGGUUCCUGAAACGAGAUAUACUUAAAGAAAUUGAUAAAGUAUUUUCUUUGCAAUUGAUUGAUAUGGAGUUGAUUGAUCAAUGUAGAAUUUAUUGUUGUUUAGCAACCAUGUACAAUGAUUUAGAGUUAUUCAGAAAAAAAGCCUUUAUUCUUCGAGUUUUGUUAGUUGGCUUGCUCCCUAAAUUGGAGUUGGCUGCUAAAGAGAAAGAAGAUAAGACUGAUUUUGAUACCCAAAAGAAUAUUUCAAUUAUCUCAUUUGAGGGUACAUCUCCCAAUGGGAGCCAGGUUUCCAGUAUUAGACAAAUAUAUGAGUCUUUAUUCGAGAUCUACAAAAUAAAUGAAGAAACAGAAUGCUCCUUGAAUUCUGCCUCGUAUCAUGGCCAGAGUAAUUGGGUUUCAUUGCAGUUGUCCUUUUUAAAGUUAUGUUUGAAGAUUUCAGAAACAAUAAAAGAUUAUCCUUUUUUGAUGAAAUUAUGUACAUUAUUAUUAACCCGUUAUUCUCAUUGUUUGCCUAUUGAUGAUCAAUGCAAAUUAAAAGAGAAAAUUGAAUGGUUAGCUUAUAUGUCGCAUAAAAAUAACUCUAAUAUAGUGGCACCAUAUUGGGAUCCAUUUUUAGUCAGGAAAGUGAAAUUUAUUAGUAACAGAAACAAAGAUGAAUUGAUACCCUUUGCUGAAUACCAAAAGACAUCCAAUAAUGUUGGAUUAGUUGAUGGGUUGCCAAGCCGUAAUGUCUCCGGUCCUUCUGGCUCUAAUCAACCCUUUGUUUUCAAUCCCUUCAAUAAAGCAAACAAUACAGUUACUAAUAAGGAUAGGUUGCUAAUUAAAGAUGAAAUUUACCAAUUGAAAGUAAGCUUGCAAAAUCCAUUUGCUUUUGAAAUCGAGCUUAAUGAUUUAACUAUUGUUACAGAUGGAGCGGUAACAGUACAGACUUUAAAAAGUUUAUUAAAACCAACUAGCAAUAAUAAUUUAUAUCAAGCUCAUUCCCCAAAUUUGAAUUCAUAUAACAAUCGAAGUAGACCUAAUAGCAUCAAUAAUAAAAUGCGGUCUGCCCCUCAUAUUUCUACUACCCAAAAACGGUCUCAGUCUACACUUUUCAAUAAUAACCAAGCUCAGAUAGACGCACAGCCUUCUCUGAAUGCCUUCAGUGGGACAAGUAGCGCUAUAACGAUUGCUCCUAAAUCCGUAGAGCAAUUAUUGGUGGCAUUUAAGCCUUUAGAAUCGGGAGAACUAAGUAUAAAAGGUUUUGAGAUUGCCAUUUCUAAUUGCCAACUUCAGUUUUUCCAUAUUGUCGACAAAGAAAUUUACAAUGGAUUACUGAAAGUGAAAAAGGAUUCUAUCAAUGCUGGGGCCACUGAUAACAUUAUUGAAAAUCUAAUUGGAAACAAGAUUGAAUCUCGAGCUAUUACAAAGACUUUAAGUCUCACAGUAGUCCCACCUCAGCCAAAUUUGACUCUCACAAACGUCCUGUUGACAAAUGGUUGGCUAAUGUUACUUGAAGGUGAAAAGUAUAGGUUUUCGAUUAGUUUAUCAAACCAAUCAAAUGAGUUAAUUAAUUAUCUUUCGUUUUCUUUCUGGGAUUCUACAAUCGAGCCAUUGAAUAAGAAAUUAAACUCUGUUGGUAUUAAUAAUAACCAAAAUAUGACAGCGUCUGAUAUUCAUGAAAUUGAAUGGCUUCUAUUAAAGUUCAAACCAUUCAAGAUAUUGAACAAAGAUGAAAUCAGUAGCUUUUAUAAGACCAUUGAACCUCGUGGGGACAUUAAGAUUGAUUAUGAAGUGACUGGCAAACGAGGUAUGAAUGAACUGAAGAUUAUUUUGGAAUACUCUCACAAACAAUCCAAUGAUGCAUUAAAGAACUUUGUUAAGCAUGUUCAUGUACCUUUAAGUUUAUCAGUUGUUCCUUCGUUUGAAAUGGUUGGUUUUGAUAUUUUGCCUCUUUUGUCUUCGUCCCUACAAGGUCUUGAAGACAGAGACCUUACGACUCAAGAGGGAGAUUUGUUUGAAGGAAACCUUGAAGCAGUACUAAAUUUUAUUACCGAAUUGACAGAAAGGCAAUCAGAGAAAGUUUCUGAUUAUUGUUUGCUCGUAAUCGAUCUUAGAAAUUCCUGGAAUGAAAAGCUUUCAAGUCAUCUUACUUACCAAAUAAAUUCGGUAGAUAAAUUUAGUGUGAAAGAAGAUAUAUCAUCGGGAAAAACUACAAGAUUUCUUCUUCCAGUUAAAAGAAUUUCAAGCAGAGACUUGGAUUUAUCUAAACCUAUUCCAUCGCUACGCAACAAGCAAUACAUCAAGAACUAUCUGAUUAGCGAGGAAGAGGAGAGGACUAUGAGAGAAUUGUUCUGGUUGAGAGAAAGUAUUUUAGAAAAACUAAUGGGUACAUGGGAAACUAUUCCCAACAAAAGUACAAAGCAAAGAUACGGUACUAUCGAGUUAAGAAAUAUUAGAUUGACUCCUAAAAUGGCCAAUGUACUCAUCUAUUCUAAGAUACAAAUGCAUCAUCAACUUUACAAUGAAAAUGAGCCAAAUACUUCAAUUAAAAGAAAUGGAUCUCAAUUUCAUCUACAAACUGAAGAAUUUUACACAUUACGAACAACAAUCUGUAAUGAUACUGAUACGAGUAUAUCCGGUAUGCUAAGAAAUUUGCCAUAUCCACUAGCAUGGCCCAUUCCUCAAUCCACUUUUGCCAACAGCGUAACAUCAAACUUCGCUAAAAAUCAAAUGUCUAUUGAUAGGCGAAUUUUAAUCAACGGAAUACUCCAAACUAGCAUAGGUGAAGAUCCCAUCCUUCCCGGCGGAACUAGAGAACUUGACCUAAGUUUUGUCAUAUUAGAAAAGGGUGAAUACGAAUGGGGCUCAGUCUUUGAUAUAUUCAACAAGGAAGGAUUGAAGGUUGUUGGACGAGAACCCAUUUACAUCUCUGCAUCUUAG